GCGAAACCAGCAACCAUGGGAAAGCGCAAGGUCACCGCCCUUGAGAAGGUCGAUGUCGACUUCGCCGGCUUGCAGUACAAGAUCCGCCGCGAUCCCAAGUCGUACGAAGAGAACUUCCUCCAGCAAUGGGGCCAGUACGAGAGUCAGCGCGAGGUCUUCCUCGUCUCGCCGACGACAGCGACGAGAGAAUACACAGAGUCCUUCCAUAAUCUCGUCGAUCUCCUCGCCCAUACCGUCGACCUGUACCCAAAGCACGCCGUCGCGUUCCCCGAUGACCUGAAGGCGAUCCUGUUGCAGCACCACGAGGUCCUGCACCCGGAGCUGCGCGAGAAGAUUGUCGGAGCUCUGGCGCUCCUCCGCAAGAAGGACGUCAUCGACUCGACGUACUACCUCACGACACUGUUCCCCAUUCUCGUUUCUUCGCCUAGCAAGUCGCUGCGAACGCUCCUGUUCGGCAAGAUCCUUACCGAGAUGCGCAACGCGAACUCCAAGGCGACGAAUCACCCCCUCAACCGCACGAUCCAGACCGUCCUCUACAACCUCAUCACGGCCGACCGCACAUCACCGAAAGCCGUCUGGGCUGUUAAGCUGACCCGCGAGCUGUGGAAGCGACAAAUCUGGACCGAUGCAAAGACGGUCGACGUUAUGAAGGAAGCGGCUCUGUCCGAUAACGAAAAGGUUGUCGUUGGUUCCGUGCGCUUCUUCCUCGGUGGCGACAAGGAGCGUGAAGAGCUGGAGGACGACAGCAGUGACGAGGAGCAGAUUGAUUUGCAAAAGAUGAAGCAUCAGAUCGGCAUCAACAAGAAGUCAAAGAAGCAGGCAAAUGCGUACAAGAAGGCCGUUGCCAAAAUCCACAAGCAGGAGCGCGGCAAGGGCAAGCCUCACCCGCUCAACUUCUCCGCCUUCCACCUCCUGCACGACCCUCAAGGCUUUGCCGAGACCGUGUUCCAGAAGCACCUGCAAAACACCAAGACAAAGUUCUCCCACGAGAACAAGCUCCUCGUCCUGCAGCUGGUCACGAGACUGGUUGGUCUUCACAAGUUGACCAUCAUCAGCCUGUACUCGUGGUUCAUCAAAUUCCUUACGCCCCGCCAGGAGUCGGUCACGUCUUACUUGGCCUCUCUGGCUCAGGGAACGCAUAGCUUGGUUCCCCCUGAUGCGGUUGAGCCCCUCAUCCAGAAGAUUGCCAACGAAUUCGUCUCAGAAGCUGCCGCCGCCGAAGUGGCUGCCGCUGGUCUGAACGCUAUCCGUGAAAUUUGCGUCAGACAACCUCUGGCCAUGUCUGAUACACUGUUGCAAGAUCUUGUUCAGUACAGGAAGAGCAAAGACAAGGGAACAAUGAUGGCGGCCAAGGGUCUUCUAUCUCUGUACAGAGAGGUUGGCGCUGAUCUGCUGCAGAAGAAGGACCGAGGCAAGGACGCAUCCAUGGGCCUGAGAAGCGGAGAGAUCAAGACGAAGAGAUUCGGCGAGGAGGAAGUUGGUGGUAUUGAGGGCAUUGAAUUGUUGGCAAGAUACAAGGAGGAACAGCGUAAGCUCAAGCGUGCCGCCAAGGGCUUGCCAGAAGACGGCGCCGACAAGGACGAAGACGAGGACGAGGAGGGCUACAAGUCAGAGGACUGGGAAGUGGACUCCGAUGAUAGCGACGACUCAGGCGGCUGGAUCAACGUUGAUCACUCGGAUGAUGAGGACGAGCCUGCGCCGAAGAAGCGCAGGACAGCAGAGGAUGGCUCGGAUGAUGAGGAGGAGGACGAGGAGGACGACGCAGAUGAACUCGAGCGGAUACAAAAACUCGCCACGACCACCAUUCUCACACCCGCCGACCUCGCGAAGCUCCAAGAGCUGCGCAUGGAGGCCAGCCUCAACAAGACAUUGGGCAAGACUUCAAAACGUUCCAAGGAGGCUGAGAAGGCUCUGGCCCGUCACGCAGACGACGGCCUUACGGCCGAGCAGAUUGAGGCUCCCGCCAGGCUGCGCAAGACGACCAAGGAGGAGAGAGUCGCUUUGGCUCAGGAGGGCAAGCCGGGCCGCGAGGAGCACAAGUCCACACAGGCCAUCCGCCGGUCCAAGAAGGAGGCCGAGGGCAAGAGUUCGACGAACAAGGAGAAGGCGCGCCAGAAGAACUUCAUGAUGACGCUGAACAAAGCCAAGUACAAGAACAAGAGGAGUUUGGUACAGACGAAGAAGGUGCUGCAGGGUCACAUUGAGAGGAGUAAACGUGGCGGAAGACGUGCCAACGGUACAUAGGC